AUGUCUCAAAUGUCAGCAAUGAAUCGAAAGUUAAUACAAAAUCUUGCCGAAACGAUAUCUAAGCAAGUCAAACAUUUUAACAAAACGGAAACGAUGUGCCUCAUUCGACUGUUCAAUGGGCUGGUCGGGGAGCAAACAGAGAGAAGAGCGGGAAAUGGCUUAGAUCGUGGGAAAUUCCGAAAUAUACUGCACAAUACCUUUGGAAUGACUGAUGACAUGAUCAUGGACAGAGUUUUCCGCGCAUUUGACAAGGAUAAUGACAGCUACGUCAGUGUAAAAGAAUGGAUUGAAGGACUGUCGGUUUUCCUACGAGGAACGCUUGAUGAAAAAAUUAAAUACUGUUUCAAUGUGUAUGAUCUAAACGGGGAUGGUUACAUUUCACGGGAGGAGAUGUUCCAUAUGCUGAAGAACAGUCUGAUUAGGCAACCAACAGAAGAGGACCCUGACGAGGGAAUCAAGGACCUCGUAGAGAUAACACUAAAGAAAAUGGAUCAUGACCAUGACAGCAGGCUUUCAUAUGCAGAUUUUGAAAAAGCUGUGAGAGAAGAGAAUCUUCUAUUAGAGGCUUUUGGAACCUGUCUCCCUGAUGCAAAGAGUAUACAGGCAUUUGAGGCGGAUGCAUUCCGGGAUCCAUUUGAGCACUGA